GCUUAUCGUUCCAUGGUCCGAAGAAUGAACGAAGUCGCUAUGCCGCUUCGUACUUUUGUUGUGUUUUAAAUUCUUUUGAAUUUGGUGCAAUAAUAAUAAUGAUAAGUGAAUAACUAAUUGUUAUCUUGGUUCCAGUUGAACGUAACCCAAAUGGACUCGUGGUGGUUUUUUGUGAUGGCAGCAGCAGAAAAGUGAAUCGAGGGCAACCAGCUGCCUGCAUUUACCUUUCACUUCCAUUCGACGAUACAGAUGGAGUGCGUAGAAGGAUUACGAGAAGUUAUGUCGGAAUCGGUCUGUAUCCAGGAGACCAGCUCCUCCGAGAAGGAAGCGGGUGUCUCACCCGCUAGGGGCUCCACUUGGCACAACAAGUUGCUGCUGAACAGUAGAAAUAGUACACCGUAUAGAAAAAUUAUGGACGAUUCGGAGAGCUUGCUUUCGGGUGCCACAGAAUCAUAUGCCGUCGAUUUGUCACUGACGACAGAGCAGCAUGACGUUCCGAGUAGAGGAUUGGGAAACGAGAGCUACACGAAUUAUGAUUCGGGUAAUUUUUCCUUCUCGGAUUGCUCCAAAGCGAAGCCAAUGGGAACGAGCUCCGGUGGACUCGAGUUGCAUCAAAGAUUUGUACAAUUAAACACCGAACUGUAUCAGACUAAAACGGAGCUUUUGACGUAUAAAUACAAAUGGAACGAAAUUCGGCACGAAGUAGAGCUGGAGUGGAACAAAAAAUACCAACGAGUUGUGGAUGAUAGCAUAUCAUUACAACAAGAGCUUGAAGAUUUUAGGAAUCAGUUGCAGCAAGCGGUCGAGAUAAACCAUUCUUCCAACGAGAGAGAAAAUAAUUUAGAGAAGCUGAGCCUACAGUCCAAGUUGGAUCAGCUGCAAAUCCAAUUGGAUUGCAAGGAUCGAGCCAAUGGGUUCCUGAAAAAGAAAAUUGCAGAGCAGUAUUGUGAUAAAGAGAACCUUUCGCUCGAGCUGAGAAAGCUAGAGAAACUCCUAGCAGAAGCUACAAAUGAAGUAGAGUCGACCAAGAGCUCCGCGAGUUGGUUCCGGAACGAGUUACACGGGUGCCAAAAUGUGAUUGCCAAACUGAAGGAAAAUAAUGUAUUACUAGAGAGUAAGGUGGCCUCAGAAAAAGCCAAUUGUGAUCGUCUGAAAGCGCAAAUGCAUCAGGUGAUAUGUAGUGCGGAGGAAGUAGAACGAAAAGCCUCCAGAGAAAAAGAGGAAUUACUUGAUAAACUGAGGUUAAUAGAAGCUUCCAAUUGCAUAGAAAUCAUUCCCGCUGUUGUUAUAGAAGAAUACACAUUGAAGCUGAGAGCAGCGUCAGAUAGGAUAACGAAUUUAACGUCAGCUAAUAAGAAUUAUGAACUUGAGAUAGAUCAACUGCAGUCAACCGUUCAAAUGCUCAAAAAUACUAUCACUAAUCACGAAUUACUUCUUCAAACGUUUAGAAGCAAAGAGAGCGAAAUGCUUUCAACGAUACAAUCCUUGAAGGAACAAAACAGUAGGCUGGGAGCCGACAAGGACAAAGCGCUUGCAGAAAACAGCGAAUUGCACACAGCUAUUGCGCGUGAAGGUUGCGCGAAACGAGACCUAGAUGUCAGCAUAGAUCACUUGAGGGCACAGCUAAAAGUUUUAUCGAUAAACUUUGAAAACACACGACGGACGCUAGGUGUGAAGGAAUUUGCGCUCGAAAAGUUGCAACGUGAGUAUCACGACCUACGGGAACGUUCCCACCAGCAGCUGGAACGAUGUCGCGGGGACCUGGAGGCAGCGCUGAAGAUGAAUGAAUCUUCGGCAGCGAAUCGCUAUGACCAAUUGCUGGAGAACUUUACGAAGAUCCAAUCGACGAACUUGAACCUUGAGGUGAAACUGGGUCAAUAUGCUGAGGAUAACGAGAAGUUCCGCAAAAGCGAGGAAGUGGUUCACAAGCUGAGGCAGGAUAUUGCGGAACUGCAGAAGAAGUUGGAGGAAGAUGUGACAAGCAGUAACAGGAUGUCCCCUAGCGUGAGUGGUAGUUCCAAAUCCCUACAAAAAAGCGGGAAAAGUAGUGGCAAAUGCCCAAAGCAUGGCAAUGUGAUCCCGGAAGACGAUACGAAGGAGCUGAAAAUUUUACUGAAAGUGAUCGAAAGCGAAACCCGACACAAGCUGAAGCGUUAUGAGCUCAAUAACCGGACGCUGCUCCGAAAAGUGAAGGAGCACUGUCGUGCCAGAAAGAUGGCCGAACAUCAGGUGCAAACGAUGGAGAACGAUGUUCAGAAGAUGACCUCUCUUCAGUGUGAAUUGGCAAGAUUCAGAGAACGGAAUCUUCUCCUGGAAGCAGAUUUGGAAAAGGCCAUUGAGGAAUGUCAACAACUGAAGGGAGAAAAAACACGACUCAUGUUGGUUUUGCAGGGCAACUGCCUGUUGACUGCAGACGAGAACAUCUGGGCAUCUUUCCAAAGAAUCUUCGCCGAUCUCAGAGACAAACAAUUCGUUCAUAAAGAAAAUGGUCGAUUGAGGGAACUUCUUAAAAUUAGCGAAAGCAAGAUACAACAACUGGAAGAGGAACUCAGACGUUCGCUGUCUUCGUCGGACGAUAAAAGUACAGUCAUUGAAAACCUGAAACUUACCACCGAAAUGCAUCGUGUGGAAACGGACGAAGUUCGUUCGAUGUUAAAAUUGAAAUCUGCUCAGCUGGAAGACUCUCAAAAAAUGGUUGACGAUUUAAGCUGUGAGCGAAACUCGCUCCAAGAUUCUAUCGGUAGCCAACAGCUGAGCGAGACGAAGCUCAAGGAGGAAAUUGAUUGCUUGCGGACACUGCUGCAAGUGAGUGAAAUCCAACUGGAUACCGCCUCGGAGAGGGUCAAGCUGUUUGAGGAGUCUGAGCGGAUACUGACCGAAUCCAGGCAACGGUUCUUCGACGAAAUUCAAACACUGCGUGACGAAAUUAUCGCCGAGAAGCAGGAGAAGUACGAGCUGCAGGAGAUGGUUAGGGCGCUGAAAGCGAAUAUGAUGGAGAUGGUGGAAUGCAGUUUGAAGACCAUCCAAUCCAGCAGCCAGCCGGAUAGUACCAACAGUGCCACUUCAUGUUUAGGGUCAGAGAGUGGUGAACAAUCAGCUGUAUGCGCGCCAUCAAUCGAGCAUCGACCACCAACAAGUAUUGACGAGGCUGCGCUUAGGACAUUGAUCGAGGAAUGUUCCAGACCUCGACAUUAUUCGUUGCGUCCCCUGCAAGAAUGUGUUGCCUCUUUGCGGGCAGAAAUGAGCAAUCUGAACGCCGUGGUGAGACAUAAUGGCCAGCAAAGAAACCACGUGAUAUCGUUGAUGGAAGAACUGCAGGAUGCGACCAACGGGACCUACAACAGCAGAUGAGUUUAGGCGUGGCCUUAGGCCUGAGGAGGAGAAAAAGAUGAUUUGGUAUACAUCUUUCUUUGUUGCUUAUUUAUAUUGACCUUUGUUGUUCAUUAACGUACUCUCAACAGGUUUGAAAGUUAUGAUUAAUUGAGUAGCAUGCUGGAGAGGUUUUCGGUUAUGGAACUGUGAUUAGGUACACUACUUUAGAGCAGUUGAUUAGUACAGAUGACUUCAAACAAGUUUUAUUUUGUAAAAAAUUCGAAGCUGCCAACGGGUUUUCCCCCUACCCGGGUAGAUAGCAGUUCAAUCUUGAGUUCAUAGUUGUAGACGAUUUUAUAUUUCGCAUGAGCAUUAUUUUAAUUAUUUAUUGUGAUGGAAUAAUGUUGACAGCGUAUAUACGCUGAAGUAUUAUUUGCGAUGAUACAAAUGUGACCGUGAAUGUUGACAAGUAAACAAAUGUAUGUGUUUUUUUGUUGGAAUUUUUUUGCGUUUGAACUAUAUUAACGUUUGCAUUAAAAACGGCUUUCCGGAACUGGAUCAUUCGCCAUGGCGGACGAAAACAUGCGUAUAGGCAUGUUUUUGAGUUCUUUCUUCGUUUUAUUUAUCAAUUUCUUCUCAGUUUUCGCGAAAAAAUUGUUGGAGUAGAUCUUACACUUCAGGUUUGCCCAGAAAUUCUCGAUGGGACGCAGCUGGGAGACGUUGGACACGUUCGCCGACUUAGGUAUCACAUCGAUAUUCAGCCGCUCCAUCUCAUCUAACGAUCGCUUCGAGUAGUGGGCCGACGCCAGAUCCGGCUAGAACACCGAGUCUUUGCCCUUCUGGUAUUUUUUGAUUACCGACUCAACUUUCGGCAGGCACUUCGUACCAUAAAUUUCCCCGUUCACUGCCAGUACGUAGCUAAAGAAGAGCGGCUUUGACAUCCCCUCUCGAUGAUUGUCUGCCACAGCAGCACCUUCUUGGGGAACUUGGUGUGUGAAAUAAACUUCACUCCACUUCACUUCACAAUCGACUUGACAAUUUUUUUUUCUGCUGACUCAUGGGUUACUAUGAUUGAUGCUGCAUGUGUAGUUUCGACAGUGUGUGAAGGUGAAACUCAUGAAAAACCGGCAUUUUUUGUCCAUUUUUUAAAUGAACACGUUAUAUCUUAAAGAAUGAUAAAGAAUUGGUCAUAAUCGUAACUGUGAUUGGUGUCCUGAUUUUUAACUCCGAUCAUAUGGUAUCCCUACGCUUGGUGGACAUCUGAGCUGCGGCACCUGCGUAACGCCGCAAAUCCGCAAAUUUUGAGACUCAUUAUCACAAAAUUCUGACCGCAUCAUUUCGGAAUUACAUCGCCCACCUGGAGACGGCUGCGAAGUGAAACCCCUUCUAUUUUUGGACGUUCAUUCUCAAUCAGAAGAAUUCAAAUCCCAGCCGAGAUGACUUUUAACGGUAAUAGUGCUGAUUCCCCGGAAGGAUUGGCAAAUCUGUUCGCAGAUCAUUUCGAGAAGGUACACAGCAUCAGUUCAUCAGCAUUCUCGCCUAACAGUCUCAGGAAUUGCCCCGCUUUCGAUUUGAAUUUACCGCUGUUUGAAAUAUCACAGCACGAUGUUUCAUUUGCCUUGAGUGCCUUGACUCGGCGUGUCUAAAGGUUAAAGAACUGACAAAUUUGAAAAUAUUAGUUUUAUGAAAACCGUGAAAUCAUGAAAUCUCGACAUUUCAUGCACUUUGCAUGUUUGGCAUUAAACUUUUUUGUUGAAAACCCCGACUUCAUGUACCUUAAACCAUUAGUCCAAAAGUUUUCAAAAAACCCUGACUCAAGGCAAGCCGUCAAGGCUGUGCGACACUAGUAAAUGAUUGAGCUGAUAUUUUGCAUAGAGUAGUUUUUCGUGAGAAUCAUCGAAGGUAUUUUUUUUACCCUACAUACAUUGGCACUUUAAUAUACAGCAAUUCCAUGUGCUCCCGUGGCCGAGGGGUUAGCGUCAUAACUAACAUGCCGGGUGUUCGGGUUCGAUUCCCGUUCUGGUCGGGGGAAUUUUUCGUUAAAGAAAUUUCCUCCGACUUGCACUGUGAUCACGCGUAUUCUAGAGCUUGCCACUCAGAAUGCAUUCAAGGCGUAUUAUUUGGCAUAGAAAUCUUAACUAAGUACUAAUAAAAAUGACGCAAGUAAUACUACGUUGAGACGGUGAAGUUCCUCUAGGAACGUUAGUGCUAUUGAAGAAGAAGAAGAAGAAGAUGCCGAACCGAUCUCAGAUUUCCGAAAAAAGUGGAGAUUUUGUUCCUUAUCGCAAGAUAUUAGACCAGUAUUUUUUUAUUCUUUCAUUGGGAUGUCCAUUUCCAUUUUAGGGUCUGGAAAAUCAACUUUUUCCCUUUUUUUUUUUUUUCCAAAAAUGCCUUAAGCUCUGAACUACUGGACUGAUUUCGAUUAUCGAUAUAUCAAAUUGAAGCUUAUGAACUAAUCUAAUAUUGCAUUUGCUGAGAUAUUGUUUUUGUUAUUACUGAUUGUAUUUGUUUUUUUAUAGUUUACAUGGUCUUGGGAUCACGAGCGGUAAAGGGUGUGUCACAUCAAAUUGCAUCACGGAAAAAACGAUGUAGAAAUUCGCCCAGUAGACCGAUCCUUUUGAAAAUUUUAGACAGUAAAGUAAAAACUAUUAAACAACUUUUGGCAUUUUCUUUUUAUUCAUACUUCGAGCCCAAGCCCGUAUGCUCGCACAUUCCUCUUUACCCCGUCCAUAAGGUUCUGUACAACGUCAGGUUGUAGUUUUUUUUUAACAGAAAUCCAUUUUCUCUUGAAGUCCGCCUCCGAUUUGACAACUUUUGGGUUCUUCCGGAGGGCCUGCUUCAUAAUCGCCCAAUAUUUCUCUAUUGGGCGAAGCUCCGGCGCGUUGGGCGGGUUCAUUUCCUUUGGCACGUUGGCUUCGUACCACUCCAACACGUCCUUUGAAUAGUGGCACGAAGCGAGAUCCGGCCAGAAGAUGGUCGGGCCCUCGUGCUGCUUCAAUAGUGGUAGUAAGCGCUUCUGUAGGCACUCCUUAAGGUAAACCUGCCCGUUUACCGUGCCGGUCAUCACGAAGGGGGCGCUCCGCUUUCCACAAGAGCAGAUCGCUUGCCAGACCAUGUACUUUUUGGCAAACUUGGAUAGUUUCUGCUUGCGAAUCUCCUCCAGAACGCUGAAUUUGUCCUCUGCGGAGAAGAACAACAGGCCCGGCAGCUUGGUCCGCUGGACGAAUGAACUUGACAAAUUCAGCUUAUUGGCGACAUCCCGGACCGAACUUCUCGGAUCACGUCUAAACUGCUUAACUACGAGCUUGUGAUCUUUUUCACUGACGGAGCAUCCAUUUUUGCCGUUCUUCACCUUCCGGUCGAUGGGUAGGUUCUCGAAGUAUCGUUUUAGUACUCUGCUGACCGUGGAUUGGACGAUUCCCAGCAUCUUACCGAUGUCCCGAUGUGACAACUCCGGAUUCUCGAAAUGAGUGCACAGGAUUAAUUCACGACGCUCUUUUUCGUUCGACGACAUUUUUCCAAAUUUACGAAAAAUUGACAGUGAAGCAUGGCCAACGUGAUCUAUACACUCUUAUCUGAUUAUAAGCGAAAGCUGAAGAUAUAAUUCCUAAAAACUAAAUUUCUACAGCGUUUUUUCCGUGAUGCAAUUUGAUGUGAAACACCCUUUAUAUUGCUUUAUAUUUUUUCUUACAAGCUGAGCGUUUUUUUACAUAACAUACCCAAAAAUCAGAGAGGCGUUUUCUACAAAAAUGAAAUUCAUAACUUUUGAACUACUGGACCGAUUCACAGUGGCAGCUCGUCCGUCUGUUCAAACUGUUCAUAAGACAGGUAGACAGUCUCCGAAUCCGAAUCCGACAGAAUCCGAAUUUUAUAUUUGUAGCAUGGAUAUUAUUCCAAAUAUUCUUAUUUUCUUUGCUGUUUGGGUGAAACAUCUCCAACGGGAAGAAUGUAAUUUUAUGGCUACACUUGACUAUAUCACACAACCCGCACGCAACACAAUACUACGAAGUAAGCAGUAAUGAAUACCGGGUUCAAACCAUUCAUCUGAACCCGCAGUCAUUCAAACGCUUUUCUGUAUCUUGAAGAGCGGCAGGGCAAACGCAGUCAGCUAUGUAUGAAGCGAUCACUAUUACUAAUGCGCCACCUUUCUUUAAAAUGACAUUUGAGGUUCAAAGUGUUCUGCUUAUCGAAACCGAUGGAAACGAAAGAAACCCCACACACCAUUGUUGAUUGAACAUAUCUCUCUGUCUGUAGCGCUUUACCACAUUAAUAGAAAUUUGAACCCCUUCCUGUUGACCGAUUGAUCUGAAAUUUGGAACACACCUUUAUCUCUGCAGUCAUUACAAGACUACGUAUUUCAUAAUUUUAAAAAUCCAAGAUGGCGGCCGCUAUGAGGAAUGCAAAUCCAAAAUGACCGCCACCACAAGAUAGCGGAUUACAUAUUUUCUCAAAACCCCAUCAAUAUGGGUAUCAAAUGAAAGGGAUUGACCAGUAGAACACAAUUAUUUUAAAAAAAAUGCAAAGCCAAAAUGGCCACCAAAAUGGGUGAUUACAUAUUUUCUCAAAACAAGCCCCAUCAAAAUGGGUAGUGAAGGGGAUUGACCAGUAGAUCCCAGCUAUUUACAUAUAUAAAUACGUGAAGGCCUCUGUAACAAAAUAAAUCAUAUUUUUAAACGGAUUCAUUCGACUUGAUCUGUUUGUAUGUCUGUAGGGUUGUCCCAUAUUAAUAAAAAUUUGACCCUGUUCCUUUUGACUUAUUGAUCUGAAAUUUGGAACAAACCUUUAUCUCUGCUGUUAUUAUAAUACUGUGUAUUCGAUUAUCUUGAAAAAUUCAAUUCAUCCGCCGGUAAAAAAUGGCUAAAUGACUUGACUUGGAGAACACACUACAUUAUGAACAACAUAAAUUCAAAAAGGUGUACGUAUUUUUCUGUAAUCCCCUCAAUAUCGGUAUCGAAUGAAAUGACUUGACUAAUAGAACACAGUACAUCAUCAAAAUAUUCCGAAGAAAAUUAGGUAAGAAAUUAAAAAAACGUUGAAUGGUUUUAUUGUAGAGAAGUGUACUAAUCAUACAGAUAGUGUACUAAAAACAAGAACAUAAAAAAGUAAUAGGAAUACCGGUGAGUUUCUUCGUUUUUAAAAUUAAUGCUUUAUUCUGCAAACAUGGUUACAAAUUCAAAGUAUUGCCCAUCGCUAGACACAACUUUUUCCCAUCUUUCUGGCAAUUGGCGGAUUCCUUUGCGGAAAUAAUCGGCCGGUUUGUCGGCUAACCACGAAUCGAUCCAAUUUUUGACUUCAUCAAAAUUGGAGAAGUGCUGGUCAACCAGGCCAUGUUGCAUCGAUCGAAAAAGGUAGUAAUCGGACGGAGCAAGGUCUGGAGAUUGUGCUCCCGUGGCCGAGCGGUUAGCGUCAAACCUAACAUGCCGGGGGUUCAGGUUCGAUUCCCGUUCUGGUCGAGGAAUAUUUUCUUCAAAGAAAUUUCCUCUGACUUGCACUGUGGUCACGCGUAUUCUAGAGCUUGCCACUCAGAAUGCAUUCAAGGCGUGUUAUUUGGCAUAGAAAUCUCAACGAAGUACUAAUGAAAAUGACGCAAGUAAUACUACGUUAAGACGGCGGAGUUCCUCUAGGAACGUUAGUGCCAUAUAAGAAGAAGAAGAAGGUCUGGAGAAUACGACGGGUGGGAUAGGACCUCCCAUUUCAGCAUUUCCAAGUAUGUUUUGACCGGUUUCGCGACAUGCGGCCGAGCAUUGUCGUGCUGCAAAAUAACUUUAUCGUGUCUUUACUCGUAUUGUGGCGUAUUUUUUCCUUCAGUGCACGGCUCAAACGCAUCAAUUGUCGUCGGUAGAGGUCCCCCGUAAUGGUUUCAUUCGGUUUUAGCAGCUCAUAGUACACUACACCCAGCUGGUAUCACCAAAUAUACAGCAUAACCUUCUGGCCAUGAAUAUUCUGCGCGGCCGUCGAUAUUGAUGCAUAGCCGGGGUAUCCAUACGUUGCCCAACGUUUAGGAUUGUCGUAAUGGACCCACUUUCCAUCGCCAGUAACGUUGCGAUGCAAAAAACCCUUUCUUUUAUGCCGUUGGAACAGUUGUUCGCACCUGAAAAAAGGGCUUUCGACGUCUCAUGGCCUCAAUUCAUACGGCACCCAAUGUCCUAUCUUUCGAAUCAUUCUCAUUGAUUUUAAACGAUCGGAUAUGGUUUGCUGAGCUACUCCAAAUGUAUCUGCAAGUUCUUGUUGCGUUUGUUACGGAUCUUGAUCGAGUGAAGCCUCCAAUUCAUCAUCUUCAAACUUGUUUGAAAAUGACGAUGUAACGAUUUUAUUCUAGUCUCAUCAUUGCCAUAGGUUAAUGAAGGAAGGGAUGUGAUAACUACUAACUGUUACUUGCCUAAUUAUUUUCUAGUUUUUAGUACAUUAAGCCGUUUCAUUUAAGGUUUUGACGUAGGACUACGUCUAACCUUUCAAUAUUGGGGCCUAUUUCAAUAUUUCGGUGUGAAAAGUGUUCAGUUUUUGAACGCUAAUACCUCCUCAAUUAAUGAAUGGAUUUUGGUUCCAAAUAAACACAUUGAUAGGAAAUAUCCUCAGCAAUUGUUUAAAUGCUACACAUUACGGUUUUUCAGCUCAUAUAACGUUCAAAUUGAUGCAAAAUUGGAAGAAAGAAUUCCCUACUUUCCCAUACAUUUUGUCUACGCUCCCGCAGCAAACAUCUAUUCAUUACAAGCAACCACGGGACGAGCGAAACGUAUGGACAAGGUGAAGGAGGGUGACAAAAAAGGGAUUAUAAAUAAAUAUAGGCGAUCGCUACAACGUUAACUAUAUGGCUAUAUAAAGUGAGCGAUGGUGGGGCUUGGCCACAUUCUAUCAUCGGACGCCAAGCAGGAUGGACGAUAUCUUGAAAUUGAUUGUCAGCAAAAGAGAUAUCGCUGCAUUUGCCGGGAAUGUAUGCGGUGCGAUACCGCAAGAGUAAGAGACAGGAGUUUCAAUGGGAUGUGGAGCAGCAGAGCCUAUCGAACUGUGUUAAAAGCGGUGGAAGCGUCGCGCCGGGUGAAUGAGUGGCUAAUAGCGCUCGAUUUGAUAGAAUGCUGGAGUUUUUAAACGGUUUUUUUUAGUUGUGACAUAUUUGUAUGUUUGUAUGUAACAUCUUUGUCUAUGGCGCGGUACCACAUUAAUUGAAAUUUGACCCCUUUCCUGUUGACCGGUUGAUCUGAAAUUUGGAUCUUGAAUCUCAUGAUCUUGAAAAUCCAAGAUGGCGACCGCUACAAAAUGGCGAAUUACAUAUUUUCUAAAAGCCCCAUCAAUAAGGGUAUCAAAUGAGGGGCUCAGAAUACAAGGGGUGUAAGUGACUUGAUCGUUUUCUCUUCAUCAACUUUUUAUUUAGUUAAUAACUCAACUGCAAAAACUUUCCAAUUUAAGUUUGCUAUAGAAUCCGAUAGAUGAGGUUCUGACCUAUUUUCCACGUUGGUAAAUACAGCUGGGAAUGUAUUUGCAGCUAAGUUAUGAGCCAAAGAGAGAGUCGAUGUAGAGAAAUCGAUCAAAUCACUUAUACCCCUUUCAUUGUAAGCCCCUCAAAUGAAAGGGAUUGACUGGUGGAAGUCAUAGUUAAUUAUGAAAAAUGCAAAACCAAAAUGGCUGCCACCACAAAAUGGCGGAUUACAUAUUUUCUUUAAACCCCAUCGAUAUGGGUAUCAAAUGAAGGACUUGACUAGUAGAACAUAAUUAUUCAUGAGGAGUGCAAAGCCCAAUUAUAUCACGAUACCAGACGGUAAAUUCCUGUAACGAUAUGCUUGCCAUCAACUGUGUAUUCGUCGCCGGCUGAACAAUAACUCCUACAAUAUUUGCACCGCACGACAUUUGCACGACAAAUUUUGAUUUUUUCGUAUUUGAAUCUAAACGUUUGAGUGUUUGCUGAGUGCUGAGGUUUUAUUUUUUCCUUUGAUUUUUUUCUGUACAUGAAAAGCUGCUCAUUCUGGGAGCUGUGCUAAUUGAUAUUCGAAUAAUGGACACCCCUUGGUGUAAUCCUACGUCUCUCCGGUUAUGUCCGCGACAUUACCCACCCGUCUUUUUUUUUACUUUUUUUAUUUGAUAUUUUUCUUGUAUCCUGAGUUUUUUUUUACGUUAUUUAAAAAUCAGAUGUGUUUUCUUUCGUUUUAUGAUUUGUCUCUGAAUUUUUGAUAUGAUAUGUAAAAGCUUCAGCUUUCAACCAAAAAAAUAUUCAUAUAUACAGCGUGUUUGGCACCAAGAACAAAAUUACUACUUUUCACGAAAAUCUGAGAACCAUUAUAUCCACUAUAUGGCUGUAUAACUGCUAUGAAUAGAGUAAAUUCAACAUAUUAAAUACUGGUGAUUUUUGCAUUAGUCAGAAAACACAUAACCCUUUACGGUCGUAUUAAAUGGGUGUCGUACUGGUCGGAAUUAUUUGUUCUUGAAAAAACAGUGGUACAUACAAUAUUAUGAAAAAUAAACAUUUUUUUUUUAAUUUUUGUUGUGAACUAUAUAUAUGUAUUAACAUAUUAAAGACCGCUCACCAGUUUUCUCGUGUUUCACGUUCCGUCUGUUACGGAUGGAUCACGAAAUAACCCGUGUUUUUUACACUUGAUGGUUCAAUCCUUGAUCUGUCAAGAAUCUAACCAGGCCUACCGAUGGCUCGCCUUCGUCUCAUCCACACUGAACGAUCUCAUUCUUCGAAUCCGGUACAAGUUUGCCCAAAAAAAAUUAGCCUGGUUUCUUGCUUUGGUGGCUGAGAACAGACAAACGACCACAAAGAGUUAAGUUGGCUGCAGCACUACUUCAGGUGAAUAAAUUCACCGAAGAAGAGUAAGGCGACUCAUUCUCUCUUCCUGUCACUCUUACUCAUUAAUAAUUUUUAUUUGUGUGACAACAAACAGAAACAACGCUCAUUUUUAAAUCCACAAUGUUUCUAUUAAUUUGCCUUUGUCAGUUUGCUGCCAUGACCGAUAAGAAGGAGCAGAAAGAAUGAAUGAGAGUCGGAAUAAAUUAACUGAUCCAAAAUGGUCCUUCGAUGCUGUUUAUUCAUGUGGCAGAAUGAUGAGAAGUUUUAAAUAAAUGUAUGUACAGUGAUUUUCCUCUAAUUGGACAUACCGAGGCACCACACAGUGUCGCUUUAGAUGCGAUUGUGACCUGUAAUUAGAUAUAUCAACAAACAACGAAAUGUAAAAUAAAGUUAAAACAGGAAAAUUGUUGAAAAUCUAACAAAUGAUCAUUGGAAAAGUUACAUAAUCUAGUAAAGUGGUUUAACUAAUUAUUUCUCUCAGUGUGACGAUUAAUCGAUUAAUCGAUUAUUUGGAGCGAUUAAUCGUAUCGAAUAACAAACUGCUGAAAAGUAUUCGAUUAGUGGAUGAACGAUUAAUUAAAAAAAUCGGGGAUCACUACUCGCAUGUAUAUUUGCAGAGAGGAUUUCCACAGGUACAUCGAUUUUGAAGUCUGUGUUGGGGAAAACGUAAAUCGAGUCAAUCAAAACUUGUCAGUUAGGGCGUUUAGAUAACGUUUGACAUCUUACAGUUAUUCAAUUGUUCAUCUCAUGAAAAAUAAUAUUUUAUUAAUUGUGAUAGACGCGUAGAAAUAUUUCUUAUCAAUUGAUUCAGACAUCUUCCCGAUCUGUUGAGAAAUGUUCCAGUUAUAAGCAUUCGAAAUACGGGUAGGGUCAGCACACAAAUCGGCAGAACAAAUGUAUGAGAAAAAAGGAAGUUCUUCCAGUUUUCAUGAAUUUAAACCGUUUAGGGAUUAGCGAAUUGUAAUGUGUUUCGGCUUUUGUUUUGAUCUUGGUUGUAUUUUUUAUGCCAACAUAUAUUUUAGUCCAAAUCAUUUGCGACUAGCUUUGAAAAAAGUCUGUAUAUUAUUAUUGUUGAAUAAGGGUCGGGACUACGGAGUUUAAGCAUUGAAAUAAUAUAAUUCAAUGAUUUUCAUUGAUUUUUUCCUAAACUUGGAACUGAUUCUAGGGCUUUUGAUUCGAAAGAGGACGUUGCAAUUUAAAAGUGUUGUAAGUGGCGACAUCACGAAUAACAUUAAAUAAAUCAUUCGUUUGACAUUUGACGUGACGGUACUGCUGCAAGCAUAGACUGCAAGUGUGAGUUGGUUGAAACGUUGACGGAACGUAAAGUUCUAAUUGAAUCGCACAUUAACCGGCUCAUGCAUCAGCGUUGAUUAUUUAAAGUUCAAAUCACCGAAAUUUGCUUAAUUAGAUUGGUUUUCCUGUCCCAAGCGUCAUUUAGUGUUCUUAGACAAAAUAAAAAAACUUUGUGUCUUCUGUAGAUCAUCAAGACUAAGAGGUACAGAAAAAAAAAUUACAUGUGAGAUAAAAGAAACUUAGAAAGUAUUUGAAGUUAGUAGAAACAAAAUCACACUUACACAAAACAUAUAAGCAUAGAAUUUUAUAUUCCUAAACACCUUCCAAUAAGAGCAUUCAUAUUUAUUUUAGACUAAGGUCUCUCUCGCACUAUUUUUUUCACCCUUUGUUCCUUCUCCGGUUGUUACCGGGCAGUAUUCUCUGGUAUACUAUAGGAUACGAUGAAUUCAAUGUGUUCCAUGUAUUUAUUCUAUUUUAAUAUUCUUUUAAAUUGUGAUGCUCUUUAAGAUAUACCAUAUCUAUUUAGAGGAUGCUGUAGCCGUCAGGUGUUCUAGGAACAAUUGCAGCUGAUUGUGUUUCGCAAUGAGCGUGAUGGGAUAGAUUCCCUUCGUUUAGCUUAAUAGCAGGUAAUUGGCAAUUGGUGAUUAGCUGUAAUUAUCGGUAGCAAGUGUUUCCAGAAUGCUGUGGCGGAUAUAGGUUAAUGUUAAGUAGCAAAGGCAGAUUAGCUAGGAGGCUAGGAGACGAAUGUACACUUAUAUUUACCCAUCCGUAUUUAUUCACCCGUUAUUAGUCUAAACGUAACAUCACACCAAAACGAGCAGAGGCAGGCACUGGUCGGGCUGCAAAAUUCUAGAUAAAUCGUGAAAUUGUUAACAUUGCAAAUAAAAUAUUGUCUGACAU